UUUACAGAAAUUUUACUUUUUUAAGUCUACUUGCCCAAUUAAACAAUUUCCAUGGAGAGCAAGUUGGGCCGUGCCACCGUCCUCUAGUCUACGAACAUAUCCAUCUCUCGGGGAGAUCCAUACAGAUAUGGUAAUGGAAAUUAAUAUUUUAGUUUCUUCUUAGUUGCUAUAAUUACUUUGGAAAGAAAGUAAAAUAAAGCUCCACCAAGAGAGGGAGAGAGAGAGGGGAAAGUCCUGGCCCCAAGGCCUCAAGGGUUCUCACUUUGGUGAUGGUGGUGAAGCAGAAGCAAGAACAACCAAGGGGCUUUACUGUAAUUUCGCUGUUGCUCAUCUCAUUGAUGCUCUUCUCUGCCUCGGGCAGUGGCAGCAGCAGGAGCGUUGGUGGCGCUGGGAAAUGGAUCGUGUUCGCUGAAGCUAGCACUGGAAUUGGUGGGAGCGGGAGGAGUGCGUCGUUCGUCGGAGGUGGAGCCGGCGGCUGGUUCUGGGGUGUUUCGGUGACUUCUUCUAAUGUUGGUAUAGCUAUCGCCGUGACGGCCAUGGCUGGUCUCGCCUUGGCCGCCACCGUCGUCUAUUCUCGUAGGUAAAGAAGAAAAAAAAAAUUCAAGACAAAAAAGUUCUUAAAAUCCUAUAAGAUUUCAAAUCCAAAGCUCCAAAAUUCAAAAUUGGUCUCUUCUUCAUUUUCACCACCAAAGAAUUUAUAGAUAAGAUAGAUAGAUGUUAACGGAACGGAAACCAUUAAUGAGAGCCCUAAGGCGAAGCCACACUUCAUCUUCUUCGCCGUCAAAUUCCUCGUCACCGUCGUCUUCGUCGUCGUCGUCGUGGAUUCAUUUGCGAUCAGUCUUACUAGUAGUUGCUUUCUUAUCUUCGUCGUCGUCCCCAUCAUCAUCUUCCUCACCAGUUUCCAUUGAUCGGGGUGGUCAUAAAUCACCUUGGUCAUUUAGAAGAAGAAAACUCGCACUUCUCCCAAAGCAAUGGAAGAGUUUAUUUACAGCUGAUGGAAAACUCUAUGAUGGUGGUGUCAAGUUUUUAAAGAAAGCCCGCAGUGGAGGUGUUGAUCCAAGUAUUAGAGCAGAAGUUUGGCCGUUUCUCCUUGGAGUCUAUGAUGUGAAUAGUUCCAAGGAAGAAAGAGAUCAUACUCGAGCUCAGAAGAGGAAAGAAUAUGAGAAUCUGCAGAAACGGUGCCAGCAAAAUCUUAAACAAAGAGAGAAGAGCUUGAAGUUGAAGGAAACUACUGUAACCAGCAACAAUGAGAACAGCGGAGAGUUUAAUCAAGUUAUUGAUUCUCCUGAAUUUGAAGAUGAUGUUAGUGCUAUAAAGUCAUCUUUCACUGAGGGAUGCAGCUUAGCUGCUGAGGGUUCAGAUAACUGUGAUCAAACUCUUCAGAGAUCUGACUUGAUAUUGGAAGAUUGUGACAGGAGUGUGCUCACCUGUGAAGAAGUCUUUGCUGGUAACACUGAUUCUACGGACUCUGACUCAUCUGAAGAACCUGAAAACAUGGAACUUUUCAUUGCAACUGAAACUAUCAAAGAAAAGGAUCUUAGCGUGCCUGCACUGGAGAAUUCCCAUCCUGAUGCAGAAAGUGAUUUCCAAAAAGACGAAAAUUUUGCCACAUGGCAGAGAAUCAUUCGGGUUGAUGCCGUGCGGGCAAAUGCUGAAUGGAUCAUGUACUCUCCAACUCAGGCUGCAAUAUCAGAGCUGAAGGCACGGCGAUUGGCUGAGAAUGUUGGUCUGAAGGAUUAUGAUCACUUGGAGCCUUGCAGGAUCUUUCAUGCUACUCGCCUGGUGGCUAUCCUUGAGGCCUAUGCACUAUAUGAUCCUGAGAUUGGUUACUGUCAGGGAAUGAGUGAUUUGCUUUCUCCAAUUAUUGCAGUGAUAGAGGAGGAUUUUGAAGCCUUUUGGUGCUUUGUGGGCUUCAUGAAGAAGGCCAGGCAUAAUUUCCGGCUUGAUGAAGUGGGAAUCCGGAGGCAACUUGGUAUUGUUGCCAAGAUAAUUAAGUGCAAGGAUAUCCAUCUUUACAAGCACCUAGAGAAUCUCCAAGCAGAGGACUGCUUUUUUGUGUACAGAAUGGUGGUGGUUCUUUUCAGGAGGGAGUUAAACCUUGAGCAGACACUGUGCCUAUGGGAGGUGAUGUGGGCUGACCAAGCAGCAAUAUGUGCAGGGAUUGCCAAGUCUGCCUGGGGAAGGAUGAGGUUGAGAGCCCCUCCUACUGAUGAUCUGCUGCUUUAUGCAAUAGCGGCCUGUGUAUUGCAGAGGAGGAAACUGAUCAUCGAGAAGUAUAGCAGUGUUGAUGAUAUCAUGAAAGACUGCAACAAUAUGGCUGGACAAUUGGAUGUAUGGAAGCUUCUUGACGAUGCACAUGACUUGGUUGUCACGCUGCAUGACAAGAUUUAGGAAAACUUCCUUUGCUUUGGCCUUGUUUUCAAUCUUCUCACUAAUUUCCCAUUUUCUUUUCAUUUGUUAUGAACUGCACCAUUUGGAUCUCCCUUCUAAAACAAUGGCCUCGGGCUCAGCUUUGAAGCUCUGCUCGAGACGAGCAUUGAUAGGCAAUUUGUUUAUAGGGCAAAUUAUGGAGUAAUGUAUGCUGUGCCCGCACCCAACCGUCCUUGGAGUGAUAGUGGCAUCAUUGCAAAAUUACUGUCUUAAUGAUCUUCUCACUUUCAUUUGUAUGUAUUUUCAUGUGCUUUGAUUGCCUUAAUGCACAGGGUAGGUUGAUGUUAA